ACCCGAUCUUAAGUCGCUUUUGACGAUACGACAACCCAACUUCACCCAACCCACGUCAAUUCCUCGAAAGCAUACUCUCGUUGCUCGCCUGAAGAGCUGGUGACUAUCAGUCCUCUUCGGUUUCGCAAUCAUGGGUAUCUCACGAGACAGCCGCCACAAGCGGUCCGCAACUGGUGCGAAGCGCGCCUCGUACAGAAAGAAGAGAGCUUUCGAGAAGGGCCGUCAACCAGCCAACACCCGUAUCGGCAACAAGCGAAUCCACCUGGUGCGCACGCGAGGCGGCAACACGAAAUACCGAGCGCUGCGUCUGGAGAGCGGCAAUUUCUCGUGGGGUAGCGAGGGUAUUGCCCGCAAGGUGCGCGUGAUUGUCGUGGCCUACCACCCGUCCAACAACGAAUUCGUCCGCACAAACACUCUGACCAAGUCGGCCGUGGUCCAAGUCGACGCCACCCCUUUCCGUACCUGGUACGAAGCCCACUACGGCACCACCAUCGGCCGCAGACGCCAUGGCCAGAAGGCCGGCACCGAGCCGGUUGAGGAGAAGAAGGUCAGCCACAGUGUCGAGGCCAAGCGUGAGGCUCGUCUGAAGAAGGCCGGCAAGCUUGACGUUGCCCUGGAACGCCAAUUCGAGGCCGGUAGACUCUACGCCGUCGUCAGCUCCAGACCCGGCCAGAGCGGCCGUGUCGACGGUUACAUCCUCGAGGGUGAUGAGUUGGCUUUCUACCAGAGAGCUAUCCGGAAGUAGACGAUGCGUCGUGGGGCGUGAUAUGCACACCGGGGGGUUUUUCUGUGGUUUUUGUGCGUAUGGUGGUUUUCCAAGGUCUGGGGAUGACAAGAGAGAAGGUCAGAGACACAGUGCGCGCGAGAAUCCCAAAAAAAGGUCCCCGAUCAUCGUGGGCAAUCUCAAGUUUGCUGCGAUGGUGGGCUCUCGUGUGUGCUUUUUGCAUGUGUGUAUGCGGUUGCGGCCAUGGUGCGUCGAGUCGGUCAUUGCUCCAUCUCCUCGCCCUUUUCUAGCCUUUGGGGACGUGGUCAUGAUUUACGGGCAUGAUGACGAAAAGAAUGGCGCACUCAGGACCUGUAACAUGCAGACAGAAGCGGAACGAAUUGACAGAAAAGCAAGAACCCAAUACCACAAGGCUAGAAAGUUUUUCCAAUCAACUGUAAUUUCCAGUG